AUGCUAAAAGUGUUACGCCCAAGUGCCUGUGCUAUUAGCUCUUUCAAGAACGCAUCUUCGAAAGGAAAACUACUUCACACAGCUGCCAAUCCUCUCAGAAUGUUCCAAGUAGGUGACGAAAUCAAGACUGGACUUGCCGGUGUGCAAGAAAACUCCCCAGGCAAUGCCGUUGACGUUGGCAAAGAGGUCAGCCAAGGUAAACACAUCAUCGUAGGUGUGCCAGCGGCGUUUUCGCCUGCGUGCACUGCCAGCCACGUCCCAGGCUACAUUGCCAAACUGGACGAACUCAAGCAAAAAGGCGUGAAGAACGUGUUCGUGACUUGCGUGAACGACGCUUUUGUCACCAAAGCCUGGAGCGACUCUUUGAAGACCCCGGCCGAUAUCCACGUUUUGGCAGACACCCGCGGCGAAUUUGCCAAGUCCGGAGACACUCUGUUUGACUCCGAAGAGGUGUUCGGUAACAAGCGCAACUUCCGUUACGCCAUUGUCGUUGAGGAUGGUAAGGUCAUUGCUGCCUACGAAGAGCCCGACAAGACCGGCGUGAACGUGUCCUCUGCGGAAAACGUCUUGAAAGCUCUCUAA